AUGCCGAGGGGCUUCCUGGUAAAGCGAACUAAACGGACAGGGGGCUCCUACCGAGUGCGCCUAGCUGAGCGGAUCUUCCCACUGCUGGGGCCCCAGGGGGCGCCGCCCUUCCCCGAGGAGGCUUCCAGUGCUCCCCAGCCAGGUGCGGAGCAGGUGGCACCCCCCACCCUGGAGGAGGAGGCGGCAGCCCGCGAGCUGUCGGGGUCGUCCUGUCAGGCGGCUAGGGUGAGCCCAGGGGAGGGCGGGCAGGAAGGUGCUGCGGAGUGGAGGGCGGAUGGCAGGGAGGGCCCCGGGCCCAGCCCCAGCCCCACCAAGCCGGCGGGCGUGGAGCUGCGCCGGGCAUUCCUGGAGCGCUGCCUCAGCUCACCCGUCUCUGCAGAGUCCUUCCCCGGGGGUGCCGCCGCGGUGGCUGCUUUCUCCAGCUCGGCGGCGCCAGCAGCUGCACCGACCUCCGGGGAGCAGUUCCUGCUGCCGCUCCGGGCACCAUUCCCAGAGCCAGAGUUCCAUCCAGACCCUGCGCCCCUCUCGGUCACCCUGCAAGGCCUAAAGCGGGCCGCUGGCAACGAGCGCCGUGCCAAGGCACCUCCGGCCUGCGCGUCUGGACCCGCGGCCGCCGGAGUCAAGAAGCCAAAGGCCAUGAGGAAGUUGAGCUUCGCAGAUGAAGUGACCACGUCCCCUGUUCUGGGCCUGAAGAUCAAGGAGGAGGAACCCGGAGCACCGUCCAGGGGCCUGGGGGGCAGCCGCACGCCACUGGGGGAGUUUAUCUGCCAGCUAUGCAAGGAGCAGUACGCGGACCCCUUCGCUCUGGCUCAGCACCGCUGCUCCCGCAUCGUACGCGUCGAAUACCGCUGUCCUGAGUGCGACAAGGUCUUCAGCUGCCCUGCGAACCUCGCCUCCCAUCGCCGUUGGCACAAGCCCCGUCCCGCAGCGGCAAAUGCUGCCACGGUCUCUUCAGCCGACGGGAAGCCACCUCCUUCCUCAGCCUCCCCAGACUCUGGGGCUGUUGCAUCUUUCUUGGCGGAGGGGAAGGAGAACAGCCGGGCAGAGCAAACGGCGGAUCAGCACCUGCAGGCGAGGGACAGCUCCAGGGCGGAGCAGCACCAGGACAGCGCCCCACACCCGGGCCUCCAGGUGUCCCACCCCGAGCCACCGCUGCCUCAGGUCCCCUAUACGGAGGGGAUGUUGGGGCGCCGGGUGCCUGGGCCAGGCAGUGCCAGUGGUGUCGGGGGACCCGAGAUCUUCAUGUGCCCAUAUUGCCACAAAAAGUUCCGUCGCCAAGCCUAUCUGCGCAAGCACCUAGGCACUCACGAGGCAGGCUCUGCUCGUGCACUUGCCCCGGGCUUUGGCUCUGAACACGGUGCCCCGCUCGCCUUCGCUUGCCCGCUGUGCGGGGCCCACUUCCCUUCCGCAGACAUCAGGGACAAGCACCGGUUGUGGCACGCGGUCCGCGAGGAGCUGCUCCUGCCUGCUCUGGCUGGGCCCCCCCCUGAAGCUCAAAGCCCAGGCGGGGCAUCCGACGGGAGUGCUCAGCAAAUUUUCUCGUGCAAACACUGCCCGUCCACUUUUUUUAGCUCCCCGGGGCUGACCCGGCACAUAAAUAAGUGCCACCCCUCAGAAAGUCGGCAGGUACUGCUGCUGCAGAUGCCGUUGCGGCCUGGCUGUUGA